AUGUUUCGAAUGCCGGUCUUCGCAGCGUCACUCGUCAAGCUGGCCAACUCUUCGGUCGUCCGACGUUCCCGCGACGAGAAGAGUCGCUUGCCUCGACUCGUCUGGUUUGCAUGUCGACACACCGACAUUCUGUCCGGUUCAGACGCUGGUUCGAGUCCCGUCCAUCCAAUGUUGCUGCUGCUGCUGCCGCUGGUGUUGCUCAUCUUACAAGUUCCGGCCAAUCACGGCUUCGAGGGCGCCCCCGUGGCCACGCCACGCGUCAGCUUUGGGUCUUUCGACACCACUUCUCGCGGACCUCGCGACCAUGGCGGCGCCUCAGAACACGACGAACUCGACGAACCCGACGGACUCAACGAACUUGACGAACUCGACAAACUCGACGGACUCGAAGAACUCGAAGAAUUCGACGUAUUCAAAGAACUUGACAAACACGACGCACUCGACGAACUUAACAAACUUGACUGA